UGAAUUAGUUCGUCCGCCCAUGAGACGUUCUUCAGGGACGCUGGCUCACUCUCUCGCGCAUCGGUAUGGUUCUAGUGCUAGGAUAUUUUUCCGCGCACAGGUUUGCAGGUUGAACGGCGACAUCUUUUCUUGAGUCUCCUUUUAUUAUUAUUAUGUUCUUCUUGAAUUGAAACAAGAGAACAAGAGAACAACAGAAAUGUCGAGCUCUCGUAUAUUGACUGUAGAGUGAUAUGGGAUGAGGUCGGUAGAUGAAGGCUUCUUCGAAACGAGUCACACUGUUUAUGAGUCGACUCAUGCUUUGUACCUCGUAAACCUCUCUCAUAAGGUAGCUCCACUGACAACUGAAGUACCUCCCCACAUGUUGAGUAUGGACGAGAUACUUACGGGUACAUCGACGUUAGGAGUUUUGGGGGCUUUACUUCGUAGUUGUGUUCGGCGGACGAGGCCGACGCCGGAGUUCGGGGGUGAACGCGGCGUUCCCACGUGUGGUAGCUUGAAUUUGGAAAGCUCACCUCAGGUGCUCCUUACUUUAGUAGCUACAAGCACCAUCAAGAAGACGUGUUGAAGGCACCGAAGGAAACGAAAUAUCCUUCAGACUCUGGUUCUUUCAGAAAGCUUAAUCCUUCUUUCAAAUCCCA